AUGAAGCUGUCAGACAUCACACCAGCCUUACCUGCAAAACAUCUGAAUAACCCACCUGUGUUUACUAAACCGGGUGAAACAAUUAAUUUACCUUGCUUUUACCAGAGCCAAAUAGCCAUGCACUUCUCAUGGUACAAGCAUGAACCUGGACAGAAUCCCAGGCUCAUCUCCACCAUUUACAAAAACACACAGAUCUCAGAUUCUGCAACAUACUACUGUGGAAGCGCUUAUUCCAACGUAAUGGAAUUCGUUGAAGGCACAGAGUUGAUAGUUGAAGGGUUGAAAAGCUACACUGUUGUAAAACAACAUGCUUUCAUUCCAUUACAUUCUGGAGAUUCAGUGAAUCUUACGUGCACCGUUUUAAAUCAGACCUGUGUAGGAAACCACAGUGUGUACUGGCUCAUACAUGAAUCACAAGAAUCUCAUCCAAAAAUCAUUGGCGCACAUGGAACGAGUACUGGUCAGUGUGAUCGGAUCUCUGAAUCUGGUUUUACAGUACGUAGAUGUGUCUACAGCUUCUCUAAGAAGGACCUCAAUCUGUCUGAUGCUGGGACUUACUACUGCGCUGUUGCUGCGUGUGGGGAGAUACUGCUUGGGAACGGAACCAAAUUGGACAUUAUAGGUGCAGAUUCCACACAGAUGAUGACUUUUGUUCUUCUUUCCUUUGUUAGAACAGUCCUUCUUUUAAUCACUAUUGCCACAGUUAUUGUUUGGUACUGCAUGAAAUCAAAAAGAAUGUCAAAAGAGGGCUGUUCUUCAUCUGCCAUCCGAGAUAAACGAUCCCGACCAGAGGGAAGACUAGGGGCAAGUUGUUCAAAAGUAAUCUGAUCAGAUUAUCGGAUUGGAUCAAAUCUUGAAAAUGAGUAGUUCAAAAGGGGGGGGAGGAUUAUGAAAUCAGAUUAGAUCACAAAAUCCAAACUUGGUUUUGAUCUGGAUAAAAUCAUCAGUUUUUGUUGUUCAAAACUUUUCUGUAAGAUUUAAGUAACUUUGAGCCAAAAAAAUCUGGAUUGUACUGAUCCCAUCAGAAGGGUGGAUUUCAGGAGCAAAAAUAUAAUAAAACUUUAAAAAUGGUCAAAAAAAAAAAAAAAAUUAUCAUGCAAUAUACAUUCACACACAUUUUGUGUUUCUCUUGAUUAACUGUUAAAGUAUAAUUAGAAGUAGACAUUAGUAUACAUAUUUAGCCUUGCGGUAACUGUAAAGUAAAAAAAAGAGAUUUUGGUGCCAUAAAAUAAUCCCCAAACAGCUGUAAAUAUCAAACAAAAUAAUUAUAUUUGAAAAUAUUAUAAAGUGUUUUUUUAUCACUGUUUGUAAACUACAUUGGCACAAUCAUAAGAGAUGAACCAGUCAAAAGUUCUUUGCGAGCGAACGCAAAGUUUCUCGGGUGAACGCUGUGCGAAACGUUUCUGAGAGAACGCAAAAGUAUUGAAAUCCCGCCCCCAUCUCAUCUUCUUUCUAUCACCAUGUCCCUUUAGGGGCUCCGUAGAGCACUAGUAACCCAGAUUUGGUAAUUUGAAAAAGUGUGCAUCUGGAUCAGGGUUAUCCAAUGCGAUUUUGCUUUGAAAAAACAGCACAAAAGUAAGAUGGAUUACCUGAUCCUGGAUAGCGAAACAUGGGGUUUCCAAAUCCGGAUCAUUCUGAUCCAGAUUAAACUUUUUGAACAACUGGCCCCAGGUCUUUUGAUGAAAUCAGCUUCUGAUCAUCCGUAAUAUACAACAUAUAUCACUGCAAAUUAAUGGGAUGAAUAGACUUGAAACAUGUAUUCGUCAUGUAAUUUAAUGCUUGGGUGCACGGUCUGCUUAAUAUCUGCUAACAUUUUAUUUUGAUGCUUCCCCACUGACAUUUUACUGGCUAUAAGUAGCUUUGCAAGUACAUGUCAACUUAUUCUACUAAUCUAACAGUCUACUGAUAUUGAACUAAUACUCUAAUGAGAGUUACUUGACAUUGAGGUCCAACGUUACUUACUGGCAACAGAAUGUCUAAAAAGGAAACCAUUAAAAUAAAGUGUAACCAAUGUUUGUAAUGUCUCCUUGUUAGAAAUAAACUGUCCAAU